AUGGGGUUCCUCGGUGUCUAUACCGCUGUGUAUGGUUACCAGCCUCAGGCAGAGGGGGAACUUGAGAUCCAAGAGGGAGACCUACUCUACGUCUUAGAGCAGAGCGAAGAAGACAGCUGGUGGAAAGCAAAGAAGAAGGCUGAGCCAGAUGAUGAUGAUGAGCCAGAGGGUUUAGUCCCAAAUAACUACGUGGAAAAGGCGCAACCCCUACACCAUGCUAAGGCCCUAUUCGACUACACGCGGCAAACAGAUGAGGAGGUCUCAUUCUCGGAAGAUGCAGAAAUAUUUGUGUAUGACACAUCAGAUCCUGACUGGACACUGGUUGGAGUGAAUAACGAUUAUGGAUUUGCGCCGGCAAAUUAUAUCGAAAUUCUGAAAGGUGGCGCUCCUACUACUGCUGCAGUUCCCCCUCCGCCACCCCAAAUCGACUAUGAUGAACCGGCCCCAGCCCUCCCUCAACGACCGAGUCCGCCUGCUCAUGAAGAAUAUGAAGAGGUAUCGCCUCCUUCUUCUCCUAUUGACAGAGUGCAGAACCCUGCCGCCGCGGCAAUCGCGAGUAUCAUACACUCACAGCAUGGUUCUGCCAGCGCACAUUCAGAGGCCGCCAGAGAUGAAUCGCCGCCACCACCGCAACUCCCAAGUAGACCAUCCCACGACGAGUACGCUGAAGAAGAGGAACCGGCUCCUGCCUUGCCUCGACGACCCCCAUCUGAACAAAUCACCCCGCCAAUGAACUCAUACUCACCCGAGCCGUCCCCAGCUCCCCCGCGACCCAAGGCCGCAAUACCCUCGGUGAAUCGCGAUACAACCCGCGUUAGAGAAUCGCCUCCGUACAACCGGGCUGGUGAGCUGACUCCGCGGUCGCCUUCCGGUUAUCACAUUUACAAUAUCAAUGAGAUGGUGGAGGUUAUGGGAAAACGGAAGAAGAUGCCAACUACACUGGGUAUCAAUAUGGUCACUGGAAUCAUUUUCAUUUCUCCCGAAGGCGAUGACCGUCAGCAAGAGUGGACCGCAGAAAAGCUCUCACACUAUUCGAUCGAAGGAAAGCAUGUCUUUGUUGAUCUUGUCCGGCCCAGUAAGAGCGUUGACUUCCAUGCCGGAGCCAAAGAUACUGCCCAGGAAAUCGUUGCUGCACUCGGCGAAAUUGCGGGUGCUUAUCGAGCCGAAGGUCUGCGAGAGGUGAUCGCUGCUGGAAAGGGCGGAGGCCAGAAGCAAGGUCACAUUUUGUAUGAUUUCAUCGCUCAAGGUGACGACGAGGUGACUGUCGCCGUGAACGAUGAAGUCAUUGUUAUCGAUGAUACCAAAUCUGAGGAAUGGUGGAUGGUGAAGGUACUCAAGAAUGGAAAAGAAGGCGUGGUUCCCAGUAGCUAUGUCGAGAUCACUGGCGUCGUGACAAAGAACUUAAUGGGUGAUGAGCCAGGCCUGUCAACAGUGGAGAAGAAUCGGAGGGAAGAGUCUAGGCUAUCCAAAGCGGCUGUUGGUAAGAGCAGGUCGGACUCGAUGGAGUCGGGCGAGCGAAACAAACGGGACAGUAAAUCAAAAUCAAAACCCGAUCCCAGCAAAGUGCGAAAAUGGACGGAUCGAACCAAGGCUUUCACUGUCGAGGCGCAGUUCAUCGGAUUGCAAGACGGCAAGAUUCAUUUGCACAAGACCAAUGGCAUCAAGAUUGCUGUGCCCGUUGCAAAGAUGUCGGUCGAGGACUUGGAGUACGUGGAAAGGACUGCGAAUGUUUCUCUAGAUGAAGACAAGCCUCUUUCAAGCAUUCGCAAGCGUGCUACGUCUGACGCCAAGGGAACUGGAAACGCCGGUGCUUCUGUGCAACGUCCUGAGUACGAUUGGUUUGACUUCUUCCUCAAGGCCGGUGUUGGACCUCACCAAUGUGAACGAUAUGCCCAAAACUUCAUCAAAGAUUCGAUGGAUGAGUCUGUGUUGUCUGAUAUUGCGCCAGAGACUCUUCGAUCUCUUGGAUUGAAGGAAGGUGAUAUUUUGCGAGUCAUGCGUCAUCUAGAUGCCACUCUUGGCCGCACAGGUACUAAAUCCAAGGCUCGUAAUGUGAGCUUCGGGGGCGAGGAGGUCAUUGGUAAUGGCGAAGAUGGUGGUCAAGGUGGACUUUUUGCUGGACCAGGCGGUACACUGCGUAACAACACCCGCAAGGGAAGACCAGCGCCCUCUGUUCAAGCCGGCGAUGUUGUGGACCCGAAAGCCUUUGAACAAGCAGACGGCUCAAAGCCGAAGGAAGAGCGAGCUCCGACUCCCCCAGUUGCUCCGGCACCAGAGAAGGAAGAGCCACCGGUUACUCGUGGAUUUGAUGAUGAUGCUUGGGAGGUUAAGCAACCCAAGCAAGUCACUCCUCCCGCUCCGACUGCUUCAUCUCCACCCCCGACUGCAGCCCCAGCCAGCUCUCAGCCUCCCAUUCAAAAGCAAAUAACGGGGGCCAUGGCAGAUCUAUCCCUGCUUCAAGCUCCCUUGCAACCUACGGCAGCUCAGCCUAUAACCCCACCAGCUCCACCCGCAACAGUACAGCCUGUACCAAGUAUCCCUGCUCUGCAGCCCCAGCAAACUGCCGUGCAGGCGCCUCCCGUUCAGACACCUCAGCAGACAGGCGCCACACCUGGGUUUUUCACCCAAAUAGCUCAGAUGGGACAACAAGCGAGACAACGUCCACAGCCUCCUCAGGGCGUAAACCAGAAUUCGCUUCUGCCACCUCCCCCGCCGCGCCCUCUGUCCGCGCCUCAAAACUUCUCGCAACAGCAGAGUUCAUUUAGCCCUCCUCCAUUGCAACCUCAACUGACUGGUGUUCCUCUGGCCGGGCCUCCAGUUGCUCCUCCUGGUCAAAGUCUGACGGAGUUGAACCAGCAGCGCUUCCAGCCCCAGCUACAGCCUCAAGUGACGGGCUUCGUGGGACAGAAUCAAUUCCAGGGUGGUGUCAUGAUGCCCCAACCGACUGGCUUCACUCCUCAGUCCCAAUUCGGUAUCCAGCAACAGCAGCUCAAUGGCCAGCCCAUGGUACCAAAUCAAACAGGCUUCCAGCAAAUGGCUCCUCAGCCUACCGGCUAUGGAUAUGCGCAACCCCAGCAGCCCAUGCAGACUGGUAUCAACUCUGUGCUUCCUCCAGCAUUGCAACCUCAACCUACUGGAGUCAAUGGGUACGGCAACCCGCAUUACAACCAACCUCCCCCUCCUGUGCCUCCUAUUCCACAGCAGCCGACGGCGACCCCCCUUGUCUCCCCAAAAGACUGGUCCUCCGCCAUCUGUCAGAUUUGGCGUGAAACCAGAUGCGCCUAA